UUUGAAUGCGGUGUGCGCAUUUGCCUGCGGACAUGCGUUUUCCGGUUCUAGUUCUUUCUGUGACAGGCAUUGCAGCAAGAUGUCGCUUGUAAUUCCAGAGAAGUUCCAACACAUUCUUCGUGUCAUGGGCACGAACAUUGAUGGUAAUAGAAAAGUUAUGUUUGCUAUGACAGCAAUUAAAGGUGUUGGUCGUCGUUACGCCAACAUCGUUUUAAAAAAAGCUGAUAUCGAUCUAGAUAAGCGUGCUGGAGAAUGCUCAGAGGAGGAAGUUGAAAAAAUUGUAACAAUUAUGGCUAAUCCUAGACAGUACAAAAUCCCAGAUUGGUUCUUGAAUAGACAAAAAGAUAUUGUUGAUGGCAAAUAUUCACAGCUUACUAGUUCAUAUCUGGAUUCAAAACUUCGUGAGGACUUGGAACGAAUGAAGAAAAUUCGUGCUCACCGAGGUUUACGUCAUUACUGGGGCUUGCGUGUACGUGGUCAGCACACAAAGACUACGGGUCGUCGCGGUCGUACAGUAGGUGUAUCAAAAAAGAAGUAAUUUUAUAUUUUCUUGAUUAUUAAUAAAUUAAUAAAACAAUA